CAGCGCCCCCUAAAUUGCUCGCAAAACGUCGGGCAUUUCAUGGCUCAAACAAAUCAAGGCUGAGUACUGCAAUGUAAUAAUCAAUCUACAAAGAAAUGAGGAAACGUUACAUAUCGCUUUUAUUUCAUCUUCCAAUUUAAAAAGCACUUUAGACCUGCAUAUUUUGCGUGGAAUGUGGACGUUUUUAAUCCCCGUAGUCCUAUCCAUAGAUAUGGUCCUAUCCUUCUACUCCCUCUGUUGCAGACAUACUUUGAAAAUGGAUUGUGAUUCGCUGGUUAAUGCACACAGAUCACCAUGUAGCCAAUCACGGAAGCUCUUGUUGGUCGUUGUCAGCAACCAACGUACACAAUAAACAUACCAGGAAGUGCUGUCACAGCAAUGUUAUACUUAGCGGUUUGUGGCUUAAAUAUAGCCAAUUAUCUAAAUAUGUUUCUCAUGAAAUAGCAAACAAGAGUUCCGACGAAUUACAGCUCAGCUCAAUGAACACUGUCAGCUAAAAUGAAUCUUGGAGAUGGCCUGAUGUUCGAACUGGAAAAUGGAAAACCCCGGCUGAAAUUAAUAAAUAACGGUUCUAAGAAUCCAAAUACGAUACUAUCCAAGCACAGACCUCAGAAUGCUCUCAACUCAAAGCAUCAAGUUUCCAAAGAGCCAGGGUCAGAAGACCUAUCAAAAGUGCAAGGGAAGCAAAGAGACAGAGAGACCAGGAUUAAGACCACCGCCCCCAAAACGGAGGUCACCAAGAGUGACGUCUCACUAGCUGCACCCAACCCCUCCAAACAAAGGGGCAGAGAUGUCGCAGAGAACCGCACCAAAGGAGUGUCCAGAGUACAGCCAUCAGAUCGACGUGGACCAAGCAUCAGACUUGGGUCAACGGAUGCAGAAAAGGACUUAGCAAAGGACACUGUGUGCCUGACGAGCGACCAGAUCACACAGAUCCUCAGCACCAUCAGCAAAGCUUCCCCUGGCAGCACGCAGCAGUGGAACACGCACAGCCAGACCAGAUCAGGGUUUGCCCAGUCCUCACAGGAGGUCCCCCUGGACGACAGCACAAAGACAGUGGACCACAGAGAGACUCUUAAUGUGAAAAGUAACGCCGGCGCUCAGAAUGGAAUUGCACAGAAGACACAGGAGGACAAGAGGGUGACGAACGGCCUCUUCACGUCCCUGGGAGAGAAGGACAAGGAAGCUGUGGAGGCCCAGAAGGCCCAGUGGAGGAGAGAGCUAGAUGAACAGAUGGCCAUGAAGGUGCAUCAGAGGAAGACACCAGAGGUAGCAGAUGAGGGUGUGAGGAGGACAGGUGACAUGGACGUUCUGUGGCCAGCACAGAGAGACCUGCCUGCUGCCAUCCGAUCUGCCUUCGUACUGGGGGAGGCCACGCCGACGGACCAUGCCUUCAUCGUCCAGAAGAGGGCGCUGCAGCGCGCCUGGCUGCAGGACCUGGACCAGCAGAGACAGGACGACAAGCUGCGACACAAGCAGGAGAAACAGCUGCUCAACCAGAGGGAGAAUAACGAACACUGGGCCAGUCACUUUGACUCCCUCCAGAUGAAGCCUCCGCCCCAGCCUCGUCCUCCCCCGGCAGCAGAGAGGGGGGAGUGGGGGGCGCUGAGUUCCCUCAGCCAGCCCAGGACACUGUCAGGGGCCCUGUCCAUGGCCUGGGAGGCCUCCAGCACGGGGCGAGCCAGCGUGGACGCCGCUGGAGUCCCACCCAGGGCCAGCCACCUGCGCACCAUGACUGCCCUGCUCGACCCGGCACAGAUCGAGGAGAGGGAGAGGAACAGGAUCAAGCAGCAGGAGCACCAGCGGGCCAUCGAGGCGCAGGUGGAGGAGCGGCGGUGGCAGCGGGAGCAGGAGGAGGCGGCCAGGGUGGCGUUGGAGCAGGAGGAGGAGAGGAGGGUGGAGCUGGAGAGACAGCAGCUGCAGCAGCAGUACCUGCAGGACACCAGGAGACACCGGCAGAAGGAGGAGUUGCUAGAGCGUCAGACGGAGCAGCUGCACCAGAGCGUGCAGAGAGCUCAGGAGGAGGCAGCCAAGGACAAGCAACAGCAGAGGAUCAAGGAGCUGGCCCGCAAGGGCCACGAUGUGUCCAACCUGCUCCGCUCGCUGGAGGGGCCCCCCACCGCCUCACAGACCCUGCCCACGAGGGAGUCCCCCAGGCAGCAGGAGCCGGCUGGGCGGAGAGAGGAGGCCGUCAGCACGGCUUCUCCCAGGAGGGACACGGCCAUGCAGACCGUGGACUCCGUUUGGCCCGCCCCGGCACCACCGCAGCAGGAACACGGAGUCUACACCCCCGACAUCCCUGUGGAGUACCGGCCCCCUACCCCGGCCCCUCCCCCUCCCAACGCCAAAAGAUCCAGACGAGAUCCCAGACAGGCUCAGCCGCGCCAGGGGGCCGGGAAGGAGAACGUCCACAGGGGAGGGGGAGGGGAAGGAGGCGAGGACCCUUACGAGGCCUUCGCCCGGACAGACGUGGGGCUGCAGGGUGCCCGGGGGGGUGGGCGGAGGCCAGAGUGGAACAGCCAGCGGCCUGGGCGGCGGUUCGUCCCCGCGUCGGAGCGCUACCCAGCGGGCCUGCAGCAGAGCAGGCAGGAGAAGCGGCUCCGCAGGCAGAUCGAGCUCAUGACCCUGGUGGAGAGGAACACAGCAUCCAGAACCCCCCAGCCAGACCAGAACCACCAGGCCCCCCUCCUGCACCCUCCCCUGCCCAGACAGGCCAGCCCCACUCAGGGCAGAACCAGAGCAGGCUCACCCAGGAAAGGGGAGAGAUCUGUCAGAAGCAUGUCCAACCUCCCUGCCAACCACAAUGAGAGGGGGCGCUCCCCUCCGGUCCCAGCCUUGAAGCACCGUCUCCAGAACCAGGGCCCCCCCCUGGAGACCAACAGCCCCCUGCCUCCAUCAGAGUUUGUGCCCUACGUGAGGACAGAUGAGGUGUACCACCUGGACCCCCUGGCCCCUCUCUCCAGACCCCCCACAGUCUGUCACCCCCAGGCGAAGGCUCACACAGAUGGUCCUCGGAGUACAGCAGGGCCCCCCGGGGUUCCUAGAGACCCCCUUCUGAACCCUGAGCUGCUGAAGAACCGAGAGAGACAGCAGGCCAUCCUGAGGGGCCUCUCAGAGCUGCGCCAGGGCUUGCUGCAGAAGCAGAGGGCGCUGGAGACCGGAUUCAACCCUCUGUUCAGGGUCAACGAGCAACGGAAACAGCCGCCUCCCCUUGAACACAUGUGAUCCCUUCCUCCGCCCACCCGGCCAGGCCCCUAAGACAGUGUUAACUCUGGAACCCAGACGUCUCCAAACCUGCUCCUGGACAGAUGCCUUCCUGUGGCUUUUCGCCUCAACUUCAGAUGUUAAGUAACCCGACUCAACACGUCAAUCAGCUAAUCAGAAUCAGGUGUGAUGGACUUGUGUUGGUAGGAAGAUCUCUCUCCAGGAGCAGGGUCGGAGACCACUGCUAGAACCCACCUCCUCCAUCUCCUGUUCAAGUUAACAGCGUGACUAGUCAUCCCCAGAGGCACAUACCUGGAACAAAACGGCACUUUACUUGGUGACGAACGAGACCCAGGCCAGCGCGGUUUGGUAAAGAUCUGUCUGUCGGGAUGUUUGGCCCAGACCUGGGCUGUGGAGGCCCUCAGAUGCAGGGGCGUGCGACCCCCACUCGCUUGCACUUACCCUCCUCUCUCUCCAGUAUUUGUGUAGACGCUGUAGAGUGUAACGAGCUGUAUUGGAGUGUCUGAAUGUAGUGCCGUGAUAACCUCAUUAUUUAAUGUGAUCAUGUGAAGUCUAUAGCGGGUUCCUUCGGUUGCCGUUGAAUGUGUGUUUUCAAAUGAUUCUAAUAUGUCCACUAGACCAUGAAGUAUCAACUCUUAAUAUUUAACUAAAUUCAUUUAAUUGUAUUGUGGUGUCUGAAUUUAAAUAAAAGUAGUUUUCUAUA